CAACAUUUUACCUGCAUAUAGCUAGACGUUACUAGACCCGAAAGAAGCUAAUAUACAGUUAUAUUUCCUGAUGAAGAAGACGUGAUCGCAGGUGUUGUCGGAUGCAGGCAGGUGUUGUCCGAUGCAGGCAGGUGCUGUCGGAUGCAGGCAGGUGCUGUCGGAUGCAGGCAGGUGCUGUCGGAUGCAGGCAGGUGCUGUGAUCAGGAGCAGUGGGCAGGACUGCAGGUAUGGACACCUGGACGCCCAAUCCAAGAGCCAAACCCUUCAUCCCCCGCCAGCAUCGCAGCCUCUACCUCACCUGGAAAUACAGACUCACCAACAAAAGAGCAGUACGGCGAUUCUGCCAGGCCAGUGCGGUCCUGUUUCUUCUGAUUACAGUGAUUGUAAAUAUCAAACUCAUUCUUGAUACAAGGAGAGUUGUGAGUGAAGAGGAUGCUGCUCAAGAUUACGAUGAUGCCCUGCUCAACAUUGAAACCCCACGCAGACCAGCAAGUGGGAGGAAGGUUUUAGAUAUCGAGGUGUACUCUAGUCGCUCUAAGGUGUAUGUGGCAGUGGAUGGCACAACAGUGCUGGAGGAUGAGAUGAGAGAGCAGGGCAGAGGCAUCCAUGUUAUAGUUCUCAAUCAGGCCACUGGUCAUGUGAUGGCCAAAAGAGUGUUUGACACUUAUUCUCCCCAUGAGGAUGAAGCCAUGAUCCUCUUCAUCAACAUGGUCACACGUGGCAGAGUCCUCAUCUUCACUAUCAAGGAUGAGGGGACUUUCCACUUGAAGGAUGCUGCCAAGAACCUUUUGAAAGGUUUAGGGAGUCAGGUGGCUGUCACCUUAAGCUGGAGGGACAUGUGGACUCUGGUUGUGAAGAAGGGAGGUCAAGUGUAUGGCGAAAAGCACUCCAAGUCUCCUGCUCUCUCUACAUGGGGUGACCCUGUGUUGCUGAAGACUGAGGUUCAGCUCACUGCUUCUGAAGAGGCAGAGUGCCAUUGGGUGGACACAGAGCUGAAUCGCAGGAGGAAACUCUUCUGUAGUAAAGUGGAAGGCUAUGGGAGUAUUUGUAGCUGCAAUGAUCCAGCACCUAUAGAGUUCAAUCCUGAUCCACUGCCAAAUAACAAUGUCUACAACAUCCCAGUUGCAGUUAUAGCUGGAAACAGACCAAACUAUCUCUAUAGAAUGCUACGCUCUCUCCUUUCCUCCCAUGGCGUCAAUCCACAGAUGAUCACUGUUUUUAUUGAUGGAUACUAUGAGGAACCCAUGGAUGUGGUCGAGCUUUUUGGUCUUAAAGGAGUUCAGCAUACACCUAUCAGCAUCAAGAACGCUAGAGUGUCACAGCACUACAAAGCCAGCUUGACUGCAACCUUCAGUCUGCAUCCAGAUGCAGAUUUUGCCAUUGUGCUUGAGGAGGACCUGGAUAUUUCCAUAGAUUUUUUCAGCUUUCUCAGUCAGACCAUUCAUUUGUUACAUGAGGAUGACAGUCUUUAUUGUAUCUCGGCCUGGAAUGACCAAGGCUAUGAGCACACAGCAGAGGAUCCGUCUCUGCUCUACAGAGUAGAAAGUAUGCCUGGUCUUGGCUGGGUGCUUAAAAAAAGCCUUUACAAGGAUGAACUGGAACCCAAAUGGCCCACUCCUGAGAAGCUGUGGGAUUGGGACAUGUGGAUGCGGAUGCCGGAACAGAGAAAGGGGAGAGAGUGUGUCAUACCCGAUGUCUCUCGCUCCUAUCACUUUGGUAUCAUUGGCCUAAACAUGAAUGGUUACUUUCAUGAAGUUUACUUUAAAAAGCACAAGUUCAACACAAUUCCAAACGUUCAGAUGAAGAAUGUAGAUAGCUUGAAGGAAGAUGCUUAUGAAAUUGAAAUUCAAGAUCUUCUACGUGAGGCAGAGGUCCUGGACCACAGUAAAAAUCCAUGUGACGACUCAUUUAUCCCAGACACUGAGGGAAAAACCUUUGUGAUGUUCAUCAAAAUGGAGCAAGAGACUGACACAAACACCUGGACAGAACUGGCAAAGUGCCUGCAUGUGUGGGACCUGGAUGUACGAGGUUAUCACAAAGGACUGUGGAGGCUCUUCAGAAAAAGGAACCAUGUCCUAGUGGUUGCUGUUACAAUUUCACCCUACUCUAUUAAGAAGCCCAAUAAUGUCAUUCCCAUUCACCUGGAGCCUGCACCUAAAGAGGAGGGACCUCCUGUGGAACAGAUUUAGAACAGUCCUAAUUCCACCCAAGGGCCUUUUCUAACCACUGACAGACAAGGCCUACGUCAGGCCGAUACUGGGACUUAUGUUACUGUUCAGGCCAUUGGAAGACAACAAAGUGGGCGAGCCCUUGGCUGAACCGUCCGGUGCUGGUAGCUUUUUGAACUACAGGUUAUUUUAAACUAGAAUGAUAUGAGUGUGGAUUUCUUAAAAUGGUGUGUAACAGAACCUUCUCUUGUUAGUGUGUGUUGUGCACUGGACGCUGUUCCUGAGGCCAUGACAUUUCAUAUGUUUUUAUGCUGGGAGGUUUGUUAUUUGAAAAGAACUGAUAGACGUUUUAAAGACGUACUGGUACCAAAAUAAAGGCCAGUGCUGGUUUGAGUUACUGAAUGUUACCGGAGAUGGUCAAAUCAGGAUGCUGCAAAAAGGAAUUAGGAGGAUAUGGCAGACGUAAGCUACUUUUUUUUUUUUUUUUUAACACUACUGAGUUCUUUGGGCCAUCCUGCACAUACUGUAUAUUUGAACUCAUGUCUAUUUAUUGUCAAUAUCAGGAUAACUGUGGGUUUAUUUAUUAUUAUUAUUUUUUUCCUCCCAUUUUUUCCCCCAAUUUGGAAUGCCCAAUUCUCAGUGCGCUCUAAGUCCUCGUGGUGGCGUAGUGGCUCGCCUCAAUCCAGGUGGCGGAGGACGAAUCUCAGUUGCCUCUGUGUCUGAGACCGUCAAUCCGCACAUCUUAUCACGUGGCUUGUUGAGCACGUUACCGUGGAGACGUAGCGCGUGUGGAGGCCCAAGCUAUUCUCCGUGGCAUCCACACACAACUCACCACAUGACAAACCGAGAGCGAACUACAUUAUAGCGACCACAAGGAGGUUACCCCAUGUGACUCUACCCUCCCUAGCAACCGGGCCAAUUUGGUUGCUUAGGAGACCAGUCACUCAGCAUGCCCUGGAUUCGAACUCGCGACUCCAGGGGUGGUAGUCAGCGUCAAUACUCGCUGAGCUACCCAGGCCCCGGGUUUAUUUGUUUCUUAACAAAUUCGCUUUUACACACAAAAAAAUAUGCUACAUUAAGAAACAAAAUGUCUGGAUUUGUUUACAAAUAAAAUUUUGUACAUAUAUUUUUAGAACAAAAGAUUGUCAUCAUAUUUGUGAGCAUUAAUUUUCAAAUGCUUUGGGUUUUAUUCAUUAAAGGAGCUCAUUAGUGGCUGAGAUCAUACAAGCAGUAUUCCCAAACUAACACAUAAUUACCUUAAAGCAAUAUUUAUUUAUUUAAAAUGAAAAUUCUGUCAUAAUUUACAUCAUUUUUAAUCUCACAUACUUAACCUCAUGUUGUUCCAAACCUGUAUGACUUCUGAAAAAAUAUGCAGGGAAAGGUGACUGAGGCUAACAUUCUGCUUAAUGUGUUAUUUUAUGUUCCACGGAAUAAGUCAUACAGGUUGGGAUUGAUAUGGUAGUAAAUUAUAAUUUUUUAAUGUAUUUUAAUUAAAAAUUAUAAUAGAAUUUUCCUUUUUGGGUGGAUUAUCCCUUUAAUUGGGUAGAACACUGACUGCCUUUACAUAUUUAAAAGCAAACAAAGCAGUUUCUAGUCAGAAAAGAAAAGAUAAAGCUAAAAACUUUAGCUUUUCCUUUUAAAAGAAGGGGGGAAAAAAAGGUUAAAAUGAUGUGCUAUGAUAGCCAUCCAGCAACAGCUUUAAGAAUCCUCUUUUCCAGAGAACCUGAGGUGAUGCAUGCUGCUUGGAUGAGAAGAUCUAUGAGCCCACACAGUCACUAAAGAGCCUUAGGAACUGUGGGAGGAGUAACACUUGAAAUCAGUGCAAUCAUAGCUGCAUCAUAGAUCCAUACAGUGUUAACACGUUGCUGUAUGUGAGGAUAAUUGUGAAGUAUGGAUUUAUGCAAUAAUGUCCAAAUCAUUUCAUGGAAGAGAUUUCAAAUUGGAGUGUUGUGGGUUUCUGGAGUGUUUCUUUUCUUUUCUUUUUUUUUUUUUUUUUUUUUUUUUUUUUUUAUAGAAGUCCUUUCAAUUCUGAUAUUGCUACAAAAUUGUAUUUUUGGUGACACUAAAUAUUAUCAUAGUAUCUGGAAUGUGCAAUACCAGAAAUGUUUAUCAUCUCAAAAUAUCAUUGUACUCAUAAGAUGCAGAAGUUGUAAUGUUUAUUAAAUUCUACAACAGCUUAGUUUUGUAUAUCUAAGUAGUUGAAAAAUGGUUUGUUUUUUGUAUCAAAUAAAAUUGUUUUCUUAUAAUCUUUUCUCUCAUUUUUUUAGUUCCUUGUUCAUGUUACUUUUAGUUUAAAAAUCCAUUUGAUCCAACUC